AUGAUUCAAAUUGAUACUACUUUCUUGCAAGAUCAUACAAUCGCCAUGCAGCUGCCAGUCCAAGGCGAAGUCUACUUCACUCUCCAGCAACAUAGUGAAUCAAUAUCCUCAGUCAUCGUCGCCAACGGCACCGUGAUAGCCCGAGGCCCAAGUCUCCAGGAACGACCCCCAGAGAACUGGAUUAGUGCUCUGCGGGAGAUGUCAGAACGAUUGGGUAGGGAUAAAGAUGACGGCAUCCCCCAGGACUAUUCAACAGAAGCCUCGCCAACAGCGUUCGGAUCUUUACCCAGAUCGUCGCUUACUUCCAGUGAACCGUUUUUAACGCCGACUCCGUCUCUGGCAAAAUCGGAUCUGGGGUUGAAGCGGAUGAAGAAGUUGCAGGAUUUACUGGCAAUGCUUUUCAAUCACCCGAUUUCCAGUGUGGAGGAUCAUAACCAGCAAGUGGAGGGGCUGUACAGCGGGCCGCGGAUUCCUGCUUGUCCUGAUGUGUCGAUCAUGCAGUUUGCGGAGGUCCUUGGGAGACUGGGGAAUGUCUCGAGCACAGUGGGGAAUGUGUACGGGUUACUUAGUUGGCAGAUUUUCAAGAUGGAAGAAGACCGGUUGGUACAUGAUGAGGGCUUGUCUCCGAAUUUCGCUGCGAAACAGGUAACUAUUGUCUCCUCGAUCUUGAUUCUACGAUACAUCUUGCUAACGCUUAGGCAGAUGAACAAGAAAAUGGCCGAAGUGCUUAAGCGUCGAGGCAAGGCAAAAGACUGGGCUAGCGAUGCACGGCGCGCAGUCACGAUGGUAUUUGGGCCGUUACGCAAUGCCAGUAUCUGCGUCAAAUCGUUUGCCCUGAUCCUUCUUGCAAGUGAGUUAUCUCUUUCUUUCAUGCUGCAGAUAUUUUGCAUAACCGACUAA